GCUUGGCUCGCGAGGUUGUUUAUAGCUCCUGAGUCUCCGGGAAAUCCCCUCGAAAAUUCUGUUCCAUUUCAUUCCGUUCCGGGUAGUCAAGCCACCCACUGAAGGCACGCCACAUCGUGUGGUCCUUUUUCCCGGCAGUCAGUGCCUUGUAAACAAAAAUAACUCUGCUGCUUGGCCUGGCGAAGGGUGGUUACAACCCCCAAAUCGGAAAAGGCAACUACAAAGCUCCGCAGGAUAAGUGGCAAGGGCACUCCUGGCUGCCAACUUUUUCGGGGUUGCAGACAGUCGGCAAACAAGCUGCGAAUGCGACUUUAAAUGUCCAUAAACAAUCGGGCAAAAUAAAAAGAAAUAAUAGCAAUAAACCAACAGUCGUUCGGUGAAUCGAGUAUCUCGUAUUUCGUAUCUCGCAUCGGCCAGUGCAACUGUAGCGACGGUGAAAAUGAGCGAAUCCGGUGGAUAUCAGAAAAUGCCGCCCGGCUGGGACUGCAAAUACGAUCAGACAACUGGAAAUUGCUAUUACAUAAACUAUCUGACCAAGGCCAUGCAGCUGGAGGAUCCGCGCGGACGCAGUUACAAGCAGUUGCAGAACGAGCGCUGCUCCACGGAGUCGAUAGCCCUGCAGCAGUUGUCCAGUCAGCCGCAGACGUCGCACAACAGCUCACCGUACCACGUCCAUCCCUCCAACAACUUGACCGCGAUUCGGGCCUUCCAAGAGCGCCAGCAUCCCACGCUACACAACGUCUCGACCAGUCCACUGUUAUCGGCCUCCUCCAGGGGACAAUUGGAAAUGUCUUCACCUUUACCCUUUCAACGAGCUCGCUUGGGACCGAAUCUCUCCCGUCGCUCCACCAUCCAGGAGACCUCGUUCACCACCCAAGCGGAAACGGAUGCGGUGGUCACCAAGAUCCAGAACAUGUUCCCCACCGCGGGCGAGAAUCACAUACGCCUGCUGCUGAAGCGCUACUAUAACAGCGAGGCGGUCGUCGUCAGUGCCCUGCAGGUGGAGAAGCACCCGGUGACCAUGCCCGGUCCCUUCGUGACGCCGCCCUCGCAGAGGCACCUCUUCCACAGCAGCUCCGCCUUCUACAUGACGCCACCGGCACGUCGUCCGGACGCGGUGGCUAGUCGGCGCACCUCGCGCACGGCCAGUCCCUUGCCCGGCGGACGCUUCGGUAGUCUCGCGAGCGUGCAGAGCGGUCCUGGUGGUCCCGGAGGCCACCAGGUGGUCUUGCCCUCGGGCUCGGCUGUUCCGCCGGCUCUGCACGGAUCGCCCAUGUGGCGCAGCUCGCCCAGGCCGCAUUCCUCGCCCAAGAUGAAACUGAGAUACAUGAAGAAUAUAUUUCCCAAGGCCGAUGAAGAGUUGCUCCUGGAUGUCCUUGCCAAUGCGGAUAAUAAUGUGCAGUUUGCCUCGGAAAAGUUGAUUUCAUUGGGCUACACAAAACGCGAAAUGCAGCAGCCCCACAGGCCCAACAAUCGUCCACCGGAAUUGAACCAGGAUCAGCAGUCUGGCGGGGAUCAGGGCACUGUGCACAUUCCCCUGAGACCCAAGGAAUAUACCGAGGAGGAGAAGACCAAAAUGCAAGCUUUGCUCAAGGAGAAGUACCCGCAGAUUGCCGAGCGCAUUAUACUGAUGGCUCUGGAGUCGGUUAACUAUGCCGAGGAUCGGGCCACCCAGAUCCUGCUGAUUGUCCAGGACGAGGAUGAGCAGAGGGCCCAGAAGCAGGCGCCCUCGAAUCCCAAGCAUCUCGAGCUGACCAAGACCACGGGAAGCGAACAGGUGGACGGUGCCACCGGAGACAGCCUGCCCACCGUGGUGGAGCCCAGCACCUCAUCCAAACCGAAGCCACCGCACAAGCGCCACAUUCUGCCAUCGAUCAAUGUCACCACACCAUCGACGUUCACCACCCAGAUCAUUUUGGCCCAGGCCACGCCCACACCGGAGAAGCUGGAGUCGCAUCUGUCAUCCAUAUCGAGUGCCUCCUCAUCGCAUUCAUAUGCCUCACCCGCCCAAUCACCUCGCAUCGAACGCAAGAGCUACGAACGCCUUACCACCAAGGGCAUCCUGGCCAAGAGCGGCUAUUAUGGCCACGGCGAUAGCAAUACCAAUAACUACAGCAUCAGCGGCUACCUCGUGCAUGGCUCCUCGAAUGCUAGCUCCUACUCCUCCUACUCCGCAUCAAUGACGUCCUCAUCGCUGGCCUCGUCGUCGGCCCAGUCCAACUCCUCAUCCAUCGCGAGGAGGCCAGCAUUCGAAAGUCGCGCUCGCACCAAAACCGAUUCACUGAAGCAUCGUCAACAUUCCUCGGGCUUUGGUAACUCCAACAAUUCGGAAUCGGCUGAAUUCCAAUCUAUCAUCGAACGAAUGGCCAUUAUGGGACCCAAUUCCCAGCUAAACAAGGGCGCAGAUGAAAAUCUUCUACUAGCUGACUACGUCACCUGGAAUGGACCCAAUACCAAGCUGCUCCAAAAGCAACCCACUCAAGGACCCGAUACAAAUCUCUUGGCAGAACGUGGCUACAAACCGAGGGGCGGGAAUUCUGAACUCUGCAAAGGUGCCCAAUCUGGAUUGGCCAAGGGCAGCAUUUACGCUCAAGGCAGCAACAAGAGCGCCAACAUCAAAUGCAACUAGGCGGUAAUCGAAUCUCCCCCAGAGUGCCAAAGAAAGGGAGAUGAAUCUUAGUAACUAGCCAAGCACCACCCUCCAAAAGUUCAGACUUACAUGCCAUUUAUAUGUGUCGUAAAAAGUGUUUUUUGCUCUUCCCCCAAAUCCCUCCCAAACACUCCACGAGUACGUAGAUCUCAACACCCCAGAAAGAACUCACAUUCCAUCCAAGCUCCAAUUAUUUUUAGUAACUCGUAAAUAAACAGACUUUAAAACUAACAAAUGUA